CCGUACAGCGCCCAGUGCGGGGGACUAGCGGGCAGAACGCUGCGGGCGGGCGGUGGCGUGGAGUGUGCGGGUCAUCAGCAGAUGGUGGGAAGCGGUGGUUCGGAGAUCUGAUUGGUUGAGAGAUGUUGUGGGCGGGGACGGUGGGCGGUCCCCGUGUCUUGCUAGCGCUUGGCCGUGGCGGCGCCGGGUUGCGGGCAGUUCUGCAGCGGACUGUGAGGAGCGCGCCGUACAGCAGCAGCAAGAGAUACAGAGCAGCCAUGCCUGAGGUGGACACUGGAGCGCUGGAUGAGAAGCAGGUCCAGUUGCUCUCUGAGAUGUGUAUUCUGGUUGAUGAGAAUGACAAGAAGAUUGGGGCCGACACCAAGAGGAACUGUCACCUGAACGAAAACAUCGACAAAGGUAUGCUGCACAGAGCCUUCAGCGUCUUCUUGUUUAACACUGAAAAUAAACUCUUGUUACAGCAAAGAUCGGACGCUAAAAUCACCUUCCCAGGAUGUUACACAAACACGUGCUGCAGUCACCCUCUCAGUACCCCCUCGGAAAUCGAGGAAGAAGAUGCUAUAGGAGUGCGACGAGCUGCCCAGAGGCGGUUGAAGGCUGAAUUAGGAAUUCCACUGGAGCAGGUAAAUCCUGAUGAACUUAGAUAUCUGACCAGGAUUCACUACAAAGCUCCGUCAGACGGCAUCUGGGGCGAACAUGAAGUAGAUUACAUCCUUUUUGCACAGAAGGAUGUCGCAGUUGAUCCCGAUCCCAACGAGAUCAAAAGUCAUUGCUACGUGUCCAAAGAGGAGCUAACAGAGUUAUUAGAAAGGGCCAAGCGGGGAGAGGUGAAGAUUACCCCUUGGUUCCAGCUCAUUGCAGACACUUUUCUAUACAAAUGGUGGGACAACCUGGAGAAUUUAAAAUCAUUUGAGGAUCACGAGAAAAUCCACCGAAUGUAAAUGACAGAAGGAAGAGACUAAUGUUCUUGUGUGAAGUGCUGCUUCUACCGAUAGAUACACAUGACACUAAAGUCUUGGCGAGUACUGAAAUUCAGUGUAAAAUAGAAAGGCAAAAUAAUUAAUCCAGUGCUGUCCUUCUAAAUAGAAGAAAAAUCUAACCGCUACAAAAUAUGGUUUUCUAGAAUUAACUGAACCCUUAAAGGGGUUGUCUCACCUUAAACAUUGGUGGCAUAUUGCUAGGAUAUGCCACUAAUGUCAGGUGCAGGUCCCAUGCACCUUUCUCUAGAACGGAGUGUCCAAAGCAUUGGAGAGUGCACCAUGCAAGCGCAGCCCUGCACCACUGCUCCAUUCACUUCUAUGGACCUGCUGGAAAUAGCUGAGUCAGCGCUUGGCUAUUUUUUUGCAUUCCCAUAGAUGGAGGGUGGCCCGCUCUUGUUCAAUUUAGGUGCUCUGUUCUAGAUAUAGGUGUUGGACCCGCACCUAUCUGACAUUGGUGGCAUAUUGCUAGGAUAUUCCGCCAAUGUUUAAGGUGAGACACCCCUUUAAGGACAGUGAUUAUUUUACCACCUGUGUAUUUUACAAAAACUUCCAUACUGACUUAAUUAAAGAAUACUCCGAUUUCAAGAAAUA